UAGCGUUGUGUAAAAAAGGUUAAUACCACAUCAUCAUAAAAUCGAUCUUCUUUUCUCCCUACAAGUCAAGGAUGGCGCAGGUUUACGCACUGAAUUUAAUAGCUUUCUUUUAUCUGUAUCAAGGUAGAGUUAUAUCGUUAAGCGGCAACAAUGACGCAUAUCCAGUAGAAUAUAUCGUAAGUACUCGUCAUGCGGUUGAAUAAAUCUUAAAUAGUUAACUUGUCUCAUAACUUGGCCAGACAUAUCCUGACCGCAUCGCGUGCCUUCGUUGUUCUUAAGGCGUUAGAACCCAAAAACGAUGUGGCGUGUAACGGAGACAUGACCAUUUUGGGUUUAAUUCUUGACCCAACAUAACAAUCUCCGCCGAGUGCAAUACAAGAGGCAGACUGCACAGGUAGCGCCGACUGUUGCUGUGAUCGCUGAUUAGCCGAGUAAGCCUACCCGAAUCGGAUACGGACAUAGCACUGCUGUUCACCACCAGCACCGAAUGAAAAUGGGGCACGUUUCUGUAAUAGAUAAAAGCACGAAUUAACCUGCUAUAACAUAUAUACUUUUAGUACCGACGGUUAACUUUGCAUUCCGGGUUUAAUUCGCUUAGUCGACGUCGCAGACAUCUUUCCUUCAAAACGUAUAAUGUUCCAUUUCGGCAAAGGAGAAUAUCAUUUAGGGAUCCUGACAUUCUGCCUGUCUUUUGUCGCGCCCUCCUAAUGGGUACUUUGUAGACAACUACCCCAAUUGCAAAAAAGCUUCCACAUUGCUUAAGGUGCGCACGCACAUUAGUGGGACAUGAUCUAUAACGAUCAUUUAGUCUUUCAGUAGCUGUAACGGCCCGGAGCGUUUUAUGCACGAUGCGUUUUCGAAACCUUCAUAUGACGUUGUCUGUUGCUGCCUUAGCCGAAACAUAUUCUGUAUGAAGCCAAGUCGAUGGAUCAAUCCGGAAUACAUCUAUGACUUGAUUCAGUAAAGUUCCUUUCGGACAUGAUAGCGCAACAAGCUCGGAAACUAUUAUACGACUCAACCACUGGCUGGCAAAUACGAGCACACACUUAGAUCGUGAACUCGAAGACGUCCACAGCUCGUCCUUCACAUGGGCGGCAUCGCGAUAGCACGGUACGAUAGAGCGCCUCGAUUCAACUUUUAAAAACCCUACAGAUCUGUUGCCGGCCGUUUACACGAACGACAUCGCCUGAAGCAGCAGAAGUUGCAGGAACGCCGAUGCGAUGGCUGAACAGCAGAAGUCUUCUUCGGGCAGUACGGCUGCCUCCUCGCCAUCUUCAAAAUCCUCUCCGCACUGGUUAAAGACUUAGCGGUGACGGCUGCCUGGUCUUCUCUAGGUGAAGCAGAUACCCAGUGUUGGCUACGACUUCGAUCUGUAUGGUCGAGUGUUUCAUUUGCUGGACUAGUCGAAAGUCGGGCUGGAGAUGCUCCUUAAGCAGCCCCCAAGACCAUAUAAACACAGCCGCCAGUCGUGAUUCGUUGCGUAGCUAAAACAAUUAAAAGUACCACGAAUAUAUUUUCUAUAUACAUUACGCACAGCCUCUAUUAGUCAACAGUCUAACAUAUUUUCAGAUUCAGCAAAAAUCAUUACGCGAACGUGACCGGUUUUUAAUUUCCUCAGUUUGAUCUUAAUUACUAUUUUACGAUUUGUGAAUAUGUGUGCAGAUUCUCUGCGUGGAUCAACGUAAUUCCACGUCCCGUCUGUGAUCGCCGAUCUGUGCAUCUAUGUAAAAAGGACUGAGGAUAGAUUUGCUAGCUUGUGACUUGGUUUGUUCUUCUUUUUUUUAUUGUUGUUUAUUUUGGCGUGGAAAGCUCAAAAACAACAGAGCACAUUUCGGCCGGCCGGUGCGUAAAAGUUUCGUGAGUGUGCCUUUUGUUGUAUUUGUGCAUUUUUUGCGGACAGUUAUUGAAGGGGACAAAAACAGUAACGUAAUUUAAUGAUGAUGUGUACUAGGCUGCUUCAGGAGCAGUCUGCGAUGGUUUUCGCACUAUUACUUGGAAUACAGUUAGUGCCAGCAUACUCCGAUCAGGUAACUGUACAUUGCGGAUAUCCUGGUUCGCCAGCACAUGGCGACGUUACCUUCUCGGAUGACACCCUGGCAGUGGGCACGAUCGCAUCGUAUCACUGCGAUCCUGGAUAUGAACUACUCGGACCCUCGAGGAGAAGGUGUACCGCUAACGCGACAUGGGUUCCACAAGGGAUACCAUUUUGUGUUCUUAACGUUGCUGCUGGUAAGGCCCCACUACAAUCGUCUACUAUGGGAGGUGGUAUACCGCAAAAGGCUGUCGAUGGCUCCACUUCCCCAUACUUUAACCCCGAUACCUGCUCUUUAACUGAAGCAGAAUCAAGUCCCUGGUGGUACGUUAAUUUGUUGGAACCGUAUGUCGUCCAACUUGUUCGUAUCGAUUUUGGUCAGAGCUGUUGUGGUAAGCAGGGUCAAGCGACAAUCGUCGUCCGUGUUGGCAACAACCGACCGGACCUCGGUGUGAAUCCAAUUUGUAACAAGUAUACAGGUUUCAUCGAAGAGGGGCGACCGUUGUUCCUGCCAUGUACAACGGCCAUGUCAGGCGCAUUCGUCAGCGUGCACUUCCUGUCCAACCCUGAGCACCCGCUUUCGCUAUGUGAGUUCUUUGUCUACACCGAUCAGGCGUUGCCGAUUGAAAGGUGCCCCUCGUUCCGUGACCAGCCCCUUGGCUCAGUGGCUACAUAUAACGGCAAAUGCUACAUAUUUUACAACAACCAACAGCUGACGUUCGACGAUGCCAAUAACACCUGUGAGGAGCGGGGUGGAUCGCUAGUUGAUGAAACGUCGCCAGCCCUUCAGGGCUUCUUGUCCUGGGAGCUCUACCGCCGACAUCGCAAUGACCCUCGUGGCCAGUACUGGAUGGGAGCUACGCGGGAUCCGGAUGAUUUGAAUAACUGGCGAUGGUUGAAUGGCGACAAUAUUACUGUAUCGUUUUGGAAUAGCCCCGGAGGUGAUGAAAACUGCGCUAAGUUUGACGGAGCCAGGGGAUGGCUGUGGAGCGAUACGGACUGUGAUAGAAAACUCAACUUUAUCUGCCAACACCGCCCCAAAAUCUGCGGAAGACCAGAACGUCCCCCAAAUUCGACAAUAUUAGCAACGAGCUUCGAAGUCGGUUCCGUCAUUGAGUACAAAUGUGAUCUAGGGAAUCUGCUUAUCGGCCCGAAUAUACGAACCUGUCUUCCCACAGGAUUCUUCUCAGAAUACUCACCUCGGUGUAAAUAUAUCGACUGCGGACGCCCGGCGCCGACAGCGAACGGCCAACUCGAGCUCCUAAAAGGCACAACUCACUAUCUUAGCACAGUGCAGUACUCGUGUAAUGUCGGCUUUGUUCUCGUCGGAAGAGCUCAGUUGGUUUGCGACGUUGAUGGCCGAUGGAACGGACCCCCGGCACGCUGCGAACCAAUCGUCUGCCAGGACCCACCUCACCUGAAUAAUGGCCGGUUCCAGCUGUCAUCUCUUUCUCAAAUCUAUGGAACAACGGCAGACUAUAUCUGCGAUCCUGGCUAUGAACUCGAAGAAGGAACCGUAUCACGUUUGCGGUGCGGCGCUGAAGGUUACUGGGAGGGUGGUGUUCAUCCCCGAUGCCUUCGUCGCAUUGUUACAUUUGCUCCAACUGAACCUCCAACGGAGCCGUCAACCGAAGAAUCCACAACGGAGCCGACCACUGUCAAAAUGCAUCCUAAUUUCGAGCCGUCAAACGGAAUUUUCCACUCGACAGCGACGUUCAAUCGUUUCACCCCACAAUUUUCCCCCGGCUACCCCCACGGCUUGACGGAUUAUCCGAUGUCAACCACGCUGACACCUACCAGUACGACUACAACCACAAAAGAACCUACACCUAUUUAUCAGCGACCAAUACAGACAGCUCGACCCCGUCCACGUCCGCCAUCUCUUUUGCCUAGCCACAGGAAGCCCUCCCUAGCCCGGGUACCUCAGAACAAUGAUCCUAGGGAAAAUGAGAUCCUCAGUGCUGAGGAUUCACGGACAGUGCACGUUAGUUCCGCACCCCCGGCAGCAGCGCGCCUCAAUAUGGGCGGUUUCAUUGCGCUAGGAGUCUUUGGCGGAUUCGUUGUUCUUUCAGCAAUCAUAACAAUCAUCGUCCUCGUAGUCAGGAGGAACCCCAAGACACCCCGGAAAACAACUGUUGCACGUAAUCUCGACUACUUGUACGGUGGACAUGGCCAUCCAGGUGAGGUGUUCGGACCGCCCCCCUUUCCGCCCGCGCACCUCACACGAAUUUCCCCCGUCUACUGCCCUGACGAAACCGAUACAGUUAGUACCGCCGCUGACGAUUCCGCGGUGCUCCAUAAGAGCUACAAACGAGCCUGGGACAACCUCAAAGUUGACAUCCAGGACGAAGGCCAGCGGCGCGACGACUCUUCAACGGAUCAGUCAGGUUUCAGGCGGCCGAAAGGGGCCUGGACAUACGCGCCUGUUACACGACCGAACGACUGCUAGCCGUCCCGAACGGUUUGGAUCGAACACGGUUACGUCUGCGACAAAGCCGUAUAACCUGUUACAUCUAAAUUUGCUACGCAGACAAAGCUAAGUAUCAUUGGUUGAAUCAAAUAUCAUCAUGACGGAGGAGUUGGAGCUGAAAAUCCGUCUGGAACGCGCACUUCCAGCUCGUUUCUCUCAGCCAUCGGCGUUCAGACCGGUCUUUAGGCAUCCAAACGACCUGUAAACACACAUGCAGCAAACACAGCAAAACUAUCAUUAUAAACCUGAACAUGUUCAUGUUCAACAAACGAGACAACUAGAUUCUAAUAUAUUUAUAUGGCUGCCACGCCCAUGCUGGAGUAGAUGCAACAUUUGGACAAAUACUCAGAUGACUAUCUUUAUGAAUACCUGAACAUGCAUUGAUGAGUACUUAACACCACGAAAAUAUGACGCAAAACAAACUAAGUUCACCUUAAGGUUUUCGCAUAUAAAAACAUUGGCAACUGACAGGUCAGUGUCCGGUUUAGCGAUUACUCGACACGAAGAAAAAUUCUACGGAGCAGAAAUUACUAUAAAGCAAAGAGUAUUGUUUUACUAAUGCAUACUAUGUACGGACAACCUUUGAAAUUCGGACGGUACAAAUAUCUAGAGAAUGACAUGGACCAAGACGCCGAUAGCAAGGGAAGGUCAAAUUGUAACGAUCGCAACGAUUCUGAUAGCUACUUGCAUGUGUAUACAUGAGUAAUCUGUGGGUAGAUAGAAAAGCCCAUGCCCGAAAACUCAAAAGCGACAAGCACAUCUCACAUAUUUAUUGGACCCGUUCAGCAACAGGUUCAAAGCAAAACGGUCCGUGGAACGCUAGGAUCGUCCUGUAGAUAAAGUAUGAUUAGGUAGUCAUGUUCGGACACGUAUGGAUACAUAUAUGCAUAGAGAGGAGAAAAGGUGGGUAAAAGAUGGCUCAAAGGAAAGCAAAAGCGAGCAGCUAGAUAAGAUAAAUAAUGAUUUUAUCGAUGUGGGAAAGCGGAACGGAACUGCGUGAGGACAGGAAAAAAUUAUGGACGAUUGCGGCUCGAACAGAUACUGGUUGUCUAGUACAAAUCAAAAACAAAAAAGAUAUACGAAAUUUGUGAAUUUAGGAUCAAACCGAUUAUAUCGCCGCUUCUUUGACCGGUGUAUGCGGUAAAUGUUUUUUUGGCAGGAGCAAUAAAUACUAGGUAAUAUGGUAAAUCAUGAAACGUUACAAUAGCAAAAUAGCAAAACGCAUGAUCAUGACACGAUUAUAUUUGCCUGUGUAUAAACGAUAAUAACAUUGACUACUAUACUAUUCAAACACUAAUAAUAAAAUGUAUGAUGAUCAAAAGAAA